AAAUAACACCACUUGGGGGCGCAAUUGAACCAGAAAACAGCGUGUUAAAGAAUUCUGACAUAAGUGUAUCAGCGAAUUAAUGAGUGCACUGUAGUGCCCGGGAAGAAAUCUUCGCAGUUCAAACCCAAGUGAUACACGUCAUGGAUUCAGGGCGAGAGGAGUUUGUGAAGGUCAGAAAGAGAGAUGUAGAAAAGCUGACCACCGAAGUCAUGCAACUGCGAGAAUUUCUGCCCAAAGUCCUCAAUCGGGACCUGGUGGAAACAAUCCGCAAGGCUGGCAUGAUGGAAACCAUGAUGGAGCGUGCAGAGUUUGAGCAGAAGCAGCUGAGGCAGGACUGCCUGCACCUCCACUCACGCAUGGAUGCCGCGCACAGAGAGUGUCAGAAGGAGAGGGAGGAGAACCUGGGGCUCAGGCAGCGGCUGAGUCUGGGCCAGGAACUGCUGCAGCAGCAGGCUGACUUCUGCACGGCUCUGGGUUCGGCUGCCUGCACGCUGCUCUGGAGCGUCUCUGUCAAGGAGGAGGCGGUGAAGGACAUCCUGGCUGGUAGCUACAUCGAGCCCUUUCUCGCCUUAGCGGGACAAACGCUAGAGAGCUUUGUCAGUUCCCUGAACCCGGUGAAGAUGGAGAAGGAGGACUCCAGCUGUCAGGAGCACCAGUUCGUCCUGGCUGUGGCCGGAAUCAUCACCAACAUAGCUGCAGUACCCAGUGGGCGGGACUUCCUAUCUAGCUCUGCCCACAUCCUGCUGAACACCAUGAUGCGGCUGCUGGGAGCCAUGAAGCCAGGGGUUUUCUCCAAGCUCAAAGUGCUGAUACUCAUGACACUUUACAACGUCAGCAUCAGCGUUAAAGGGCUGCAGCUCCUUGGCCAGAGCACGAGCCUCCCCCAGCUCCUCCAGGGCCUUCUCCAAGAUGGGGAGGCGGAGGUAUCUCUCCAUAGCCUACGGCUGCUCCACUCUUUGGCACUGGAGGCGGGGCCUGUGAGCGAGGUGGGUGUGGCUCUGAGGAAUGGGCCCACCCUGGACCGCCUGCACCAGCUGUCCUGCAGCCACCACGCUGCCGUGUGCCAGGCCGCCCGUGAGGUGCUGGAUGACCUGGCAGAGCUGGACAACCCCCACGGGUGGGACAAUCCCUCGGACGAGCCGACCCGCCGAAGAGGUCCUACUUCAGACCCGGAGUGACUCUGACGAAAUCAGUGUUACCCCUCGUUCCUGGUCUGGUUUCUUUCUUGGUUUCGGGAGAUCUUGUGAAGACACAUUGAUGGUUGUUUGUUGGCUUCCAGUUGGUUUGCGUUUGCCUUGUUCCCAUUGGUCCAUAGGACAGGCUUUGUGCAUAUCCCUGAGAUAUCUGGGUACAUUUGUGAUUGGCUGUACCAAUUCAUUAUGGGAAAUAAAAGGGAAAUAAUUCCACCACAGUUUUCACAGUGUUAACUCAUCACAAUCAGUCCCUCUGAACAUCUGAACAUCCUAUAAGGCACAGCAUCAAGACCCAAGCACCAUUUUCUUCAUUUCUACUUCAUUUUAAUGUUCUGUGAUACAUUUAGAUUUCAGUUAGUAAACGUCUGAAAUGAUGUGUUAAGUUUCUCUGAAAUAAACAUUAUUUGAGCUUUGAACAGAA